UGACAUUCAUUCCACAAAGACGUCUCUGGUGGGUGAACAGAAGAAACUGCUUGAACGACAAAAUGAGACUACCAGCCAUCUCUAUAGCCUCCACACCAGUGUGUAUCCCUCACGACACACUUCCUGUCCGGCAGAGUCACUGCCUGGUGGUCACUCCCAUGAUAUUUCCCAGCAUCUCAGACUCUGCCCGGCUGUGGACAAGCAGCCAGAGUAUUCCAAGACUGAACCCUUUACAUCCACCUUUGGUCCCUAAACGCACCGUCAGCCUGGAGACGCCAGCUGUUCACCACCACAACCACCAGAGGACACUAAUUAUGCAGAGGAGAGAGCACCACAGGUAUCAUCAAGUGUGGAGAAAACCUUUCUAUGGAACCAGCACUGAGAGAGAAGAGUACAGGAAGGAGUUACGAGAGCAGUUAAAGAGGCAGAUAGAGGAAAAAUGUGCGGCACUGAAGCUGCAGCUGGCCAGUAAAGAGAAGGAAGCCGAGCAUUUACGAGAAGUGGACCGCCUCGCCCUGUCCAGCGAGAGUGAGCUAAGGAUCCGGCACAGCAAAGCAAUGACAGCAUACAGAGAUGAGAACAAGAGGCUAAUGGAGCAGAGCUGGAGGGACAGAGCACUAACACGCUCCCAGGAGACGCUAAAGGAGAGAGAGCUGCUGCGCCUCAACCCCAUUAACUGGAGUGGAACACUGAAAUAAGCUGAACCUCUACAACUGGAGUGGAACACUGAAAUAAGCUGAACCUCGACAACUGGAGUGGAACACUGAAAUAAGCUGAACCUCGACAUCCAGAGUCAAGACUUGAAACCCUGGCCUCGCUGCAGCAUUUGGGGCAUACAUGAGUGACAGAUGAAAAUGGGAUGCAACAUAUAUAAUAAAUGUAAUUAGUGUUGUAAUAGCCGCUGAAAGUACUUUAAAGGGAUAUUUCUAUGAUUUUCUAAACUGGGAAAAACCAAAUGAAGGUUUUCAGCAUCAGAUUAUUUCCUAUCUUACUUUAGAAUUUUUUUCUUAUCGGCUUUUUUUUUUGGUAAAGUAUCAACAUUGAUACUAGAGAUACCAUCUUUUUUAUUCUGUGGAUUUUUCCUUGUGCCUACAUUACCCAAAAUACAACUUGGCCACAAGUAGUUCUGUUGGAGAUUUGGGUGUGUUAAGCUAGGAAUGGCUAAUGUAGCCUUGAGCUGCUAACCUCAAGCAGAGAUGAGGAGCAGGCUACAGAGGUAUAGUAAAGUCCAACUCCACAUCCCCAUAUUUUUUUUUUGUUUUUUAAACUCGUAGUCUAGUCCCAAACAACAUUUUUCUUAAAUUCAUAUUUCGCACAGCUCCCUCUGGAGAUACAGGACAAUUUUUCACAUCUGCAGCAGCCCUCCCAAUAAUUCUGUCUAAUCAAUGGAGUUUCCCCCUUAAAGUAACAUAAUGCUCCUUUUUUUUUUUUUACCUUAAAAUAAAAACUUCAAAAUAAUUUUGUUGGUGGAGAAUAACAUCUAUUUCAUUCCCAUUUCAGGCACCUAACACCUUUUUUUGCACUAUGUAACUUUGGUGAGCAGGUGGGAUCUCCUGUAAGAAGUUAUGCUUUACAGAGGCUAGCUCAGUAUACUCAAUAUCGACAUCAUGGCAGAGGCAAAGAUUUCUAAAAAUCAAAACCUCACAUACCAUUAGCAAUGCAUGAAUUAUACAUUAUAACUGAGCAAACUAAUGCGGGGUUGCAAGCUGUUUAUACUGUCGUAACAUAAGCUGGAGUGAUCCGUCUCAUGGUUGACUGGAAAACAGUAACAGGCCAACAGCAGUGUGUACAUCUGUCAAUGUUCAGUGUCUCCCGCACAUUGAUUUAUUUGUGGCAGCCCACCACGAUAUCAACUUGGGCCGCCACAUAUUGAUUUUCUAUUUGUUUGAAUAUUUUAAAUGGGUAAAAUCAUAUCUAAUUGUAGAGCUUUCUUGCUCUCUAUCUCUGUUUAUCAGACCACAAAGAAUUAGCUAGAUAGCAUACCUCACAGUCCUUCUGCUUUAUUUCCCACCGCUAGGAAAUUGUUCGCUGGGAGGAGAGUGCAGUAGCUAUAGAGAUGGACAUUUACUUAGUGGAUGUAGCUACUCAAAUUCAGCACCAGGGGUCAAGGUGGGUUUGUGGCCAGUGGCAGCGCUGGAUUUAACUUGUGUAACAGCAGCAACAGAAAGUUUGUUGAUCCAGCAGGGAGUUUGGGCAGUCUGAGAUCAGACCCCAACGCUGAAUUUGAUUCUACAGCAGCUAACUGAUCAUCCAUAUUUAGGGCAGUGUUGUACAACUCCAAAUCUCCAGGGCCACCAAAUUGCAAAACUGCCAAUUCUUGCAUGAUGUUGCUUUUAAGGGUUUUUCCCAGUCACUGACUAGUAUGUCCAACAAUUU